AAAAACCAGAACAUGUACAAAGCUCAGAUGAGAAAGAAAGGUCCAGAGAGGAAGAGGAGGAGGAGGAGGGAGCGACGAGGAAGAGGAGGAGGAAAGACGAGACGUUAAACUGCAGAUUGCUCACCAAGCGAAAGAGAAAAUCAUUUAUUUAACAAGAAUUAGAAAGAAGCAGCUUUUCUUUUAUCAGCAGAAACAAAAAGGAUGAAGGUGUGAGGAUGACUCCAGACGCUCAGGAGGGAAACGCUGCACAAAACACGUUUUACUGAAAACCAUGUUGACAUGCAGCAUCUGAUCGGAGGAGGACAGGAACCUGACCUCCGUGUCCGUCAGUCCGUCAGGUGCAGCGUUUCGAACUGCGCCUGCGCCUGUUUUAAACCCGGAAAGGUCAAGCUGAGGUCAUGUGAUCGCUGUGGACACGGCUGGGUGGAGCACGCUCUGGAGACGGUCCAGGCCGCUCCGCCGUCCGGCGCCGGCCCGGUGGAGGUGGCGCUGCCCGGGCUGGUGUUCGACCUGAGCUCCCUGGUUCUGUUCGGAGCGCAGGCCGUUCCCGUCCAGCUGAAGAUCCUACUGGACCGGCUCUACAGCGUCCUGACUCCAGAGCAGGUGGGUCAGAUUCUGAACGGUCUGGGCUGGAGUCUGGGUGAUUACGUCCGCGGAUACAUGCUGCAGCGUCCCGGUGGCGAGGCGUUGGAGCGCUGGGACUCGGCCACCGCCCCGGAGCAGCUGCUGCUCCUCACACAGUUCCUGCGCUUCGGAGAGACUCGGCCCAUCGUGGAGGAGAUGAUCCUGCAGCACCUGGAGGCUGAAGCGCUCCUGCCUGACCAGCAGCCAAACGCUCCGGUGAAAAACAUCCAGUCUGGUUUGAGGGUUGGUUUCCUGACAGACGGCCGGCCGGCGGAGAGCAGAGACGUCCCAGGCGGCCAGUCGGUGCUCCUGCCGUUCCAUUUCCCACAAUCAGCCGUCUGCUGCUCAGCAAAGGAAACUUUUCCUUCCCCUGAGCCUCAAACCGUCCUGCAGGGCUUCAGGAGGAACAAACUGGUUCAGAAACACGACAGGCAUCGAUGUGGGGAAGGCCACGGCUCGGUCCGGCAGAGAUCAGAACCGGCCUCAUCCAUGAAAACCGACCCAGAUGAGUCAAAUCCGUCGCCGUGGCAACAGAGCCCCAUCCUCCACCACGACCGGGUUUUCCUCCAGAAGAGACUGAUCCAGGAGAAAACUGCUUCCUUUUCCUCUUCCUUGAACUUCUCACUUCCACCUUCCUCCCUGAUGUGCUCUCCACUCCCCUCCUCUUCCUCCUCUUCCUCCUCUCGCCUUCCUGAAACGCUUCCCUCCUUCUCCUCCUCUUUCCUCAGGCCUCUUCACUCCUUUUCUUCCCCUCUCCUCCCCGUUGCGUCGCCGUGUUCGUCCCUCCAUCCUCUCCCGUCUCCCCUCUGCUCCUUCCCUUCCCUCCUGGCGGCCGGAGGUCGGAAGGGCAGGGUCAGCUGUGGCGUCUGUGGGAAAAGCUUCUAUGACAAAGGAACCCUGAAGAUCCACUACAACGCCGUCCACCUGAAGAUCAAACACCGCUGCACCGUUCUGGGCUGCUCCAUGGUGUUCAGCUCCCUGCGCAGCCGCAACCGGCACAGCGCCAACCCGAACCCGCGGCUGCACACGGCCGGCAGCCGAGACGCUCAGCCGUACCGAAACACGCCGUGUGGACAGAGCAGCGCUCACGCUCCAACACAGAGACACCGAGAGAAACAGGAAACACAGGGAGGCAGGAACGGUGACUCCUUUCACAACGCGCCUCAGGAAGCCGCCUCCCCGACUCCGCCUCUCAUUCCUACAGCUCCGCCCUCAGGGGCCUUCACGCCCUCAGGGGCCUUCACGCCCUCAGGGGCCUUCACGCCCUCUGGGGCCUUCACGCCCUCUGGGGCCUUCCCGUCUUCACUUACCGACCUGCAGACUGGUCAGCACUGUUGGCAGGAGAAUCAGUCCUUACCACAGAAGAAGAAACCCAGGAAGUCAAGCAUGCCACUGAAAAUAGAAAGAGAGAUUACUGAAAGCAGCAAACAUGAAGGCGAGAGCUGAAAGACUGAAAUCUUGUUUUCAGUAAUAAAAAAUGGAGCUUCAGUAUGUCACAGCUUUGAAAUGAUUCUGAAUUCACACAUUUUUGCACUUUUACAAAUAUGUUGUACUUUGUGUCCACUGGCUGUAUUUAUUUACUUGUAAUUAUUCAAUGAUAAACUUCAUAUAUCACACCUGAAACUCAUUUUAUAAACCUUUCUUCAAAUUACCAACUGCUAAUUAAAUUUAGGACUUAAUCAUCAUCAUACCUUGUUGUUACCAUGGCUACCAUCAAAUGCUGUCAGCAACCUUUGUGUCUGAACUGAGUUUGUUCACAAAUGCAUCAGCAAAUAAAACCUAAUUAUCAGUGAUUGUUG